AUGCCAAUGCCCACAUUAAUAUCGAGCUUCCCUAUUGCACCAGAGGUUCCACUGGAUGCUGACAAAGCAUUGGUGUCAACACUAGUGUCGAGAUCUGAAGAAGCAAGGACGAGGAUAGUGGCUAGUAAUCCUAAGGGAGGACCAAUUUGGGCUCCACCUAAUGUUGGCGAAAUGCCAAUGCCCACAUUAAUAUCGAGCUUCCCUAUUGCACCAGAGGUUCCACUGGAUGCUGACAAAGCAUUGGUGUCAACACUAGUGUCGAGAUCUGAAGAAGCAAGGACGAGGAUAGUGGCUAGUAAUCCUAAGGGAGGACCAAUUUGGUGUGGUUCCUCGUCUGUUGGCGUGGAGGGUUCCAACUCGAGUUAG